AUGGCGAAAUGGGGUGAAGGCGAUCCUCGAUGGAUUGUUGAAGAGCGCGCUGAUGCCACCAACGUCAACAAUUGGCACUGGACUGAGAAAAACGCAACUCCCUGGUCAAAACAACGUCUACGAGAGCUUUUGGAGAAACAGGAGAUUGCUGAUGGGUCAAUUGUCAUUUCAUUUGGUGAAAUCAAGAAGCUGGAGGGAGAAGCAACCGCAAACAACCGAAAAUCCAAGCUGAUCUUUCUCUACGAGUGGGAAGUUGAGCUGAACUGGACCGCCCGACUUGCUGGCAGCGAGCUCGAGUACAAGGGACACAUCGAGAUACCAAAUCUUUCCGACGAGAAUGAUGCCAGUGAAGUGGAUGUGAAUUUCUACGUUGAAACCAAAGGUCCUGCUGAAGCUCAAAUACGUCACAUAUUCAACCGGCUGGGCGUUGAACGUGUACGGGAGUUAGUUGGCAUGUACAUCAAGGAACUAAAAGAGGAGUUCAGCAAAGGUAUAAUCUUGCCAACCGACAAAGUCAAGCCACAAGUGGUCGUCAAGGAGAGAACCGUUGAUAAGAAUGCUUUUCAGAAUGCGGUGAUCUCAACCAGUAGUAAGCCUUCUGUAUCAACAGAUGGGCCUGUGCAGACAGAACGAGUGGCUACAACGGAAACCUUUCGCGUGCCGCCAUCUAGGCUUUUUGAAUGUCUCUCUGACCAACAGUUAGUCAAAGCUUGGGCAAACCCAACCAAAUGGGACUUCAAAAAUGAUGGAGAUUUUGCAUGCUUUGGUGGCAACGUUACUGGAACUUUCUUGGAAAUCGUUCCUGAUCGAUUAAUAACAAUGAAGUGGCGACUAAAAUCUUUCCCGGAAGGUCACCAUGCUAUUGUCAAAUUCAACCUCAAGGAUUUGGCUGAUUCAACGGAGCUUGAAAUUGAUGCUUCCUCUGUGCCUGUGUCUCUUCUCGAUCAAACGAAGCAAGGAUUCGAGCGCUACUAUUUGGUGAAUCUCGGAAGAACUUUUGGAUUCUCAAGUCGAAUCUUU